GGCUGUAUUACCUGCAAGGCUAAACGACUGAAGUGCGACGAGUCCAAACCAACCUGUCUUCAAUGUGAACGGCGCAAGGUACAAUGCGGAGGAUACAAGAAGGAUUUCAAGUGGCGACCCUUCGAAGAGACCAAUGCAGCGAACAGGACUUCUGCAAAGGCGAGGAAUGGUAAAGUUACAUGUCUAUUCUCUUAUAACAAUUCAACAGGGAAUGUUUCACGUCCGAUAUCGUCUGCAAGGACUGCACCAAGUCAAGGGUCCCCUUUAAAAUCAAGAGAAGGCCGCCGACUGCCGCAGCAGACCACCCCACCAAGGGUAGAGGAAGAUAGCCAGUCAAAUCUGGAUGCAUUGAGUGAGAAAACUCCCGAGUCCUCACUCGGAGAGCUUGAAAUUCCCGGGUCAGCUCCAUGGCUGUCGGAUUUGUUCCCCUCUUCUGCAGACUCUGGCAACUCGUUUGGCGCAAUGUGGACUUCUAGCCCAUCCAAGUCAGAUAGCUUCAGCUUCUCCGCCCUGCUAGCAGGAGAUGGCGAUGAAAUUGAAGAAAUCGUACGCCAGUCCGAUCCAGGCUCCGACCAGUGGCUGUUAUUUCCAGAUUCUGGGCCAUCUCCGUCAAGAACUGAAGCGCUCAUGGCGUCCAGCAUCCCUAGCGAACCAGAUUUAGGAGCUGCAAGCCCCGAGAUGCUGGUGUUACGCUUCAAUAGAAACACUUGCGGUAUAUUGUCGAUUAAGGAUGGGAUGCAUGAGAACCCCUGGCGUACAUUGAUCUGGCCAUUGGCCAAAGAUACCCCGGCCCUGCGCCACGCUAUCUUUUCAAUGGUCGCAUUCCAUUCCAGCAAGGAAAACCCAUCCCUCAGGGUCCACGGAGUGGAUCAUAUGCGCAAAAGCAUCGCGUACAUGGUGCAAAAUAUCGAAAGCAUGAGGACUGAUGCGGCUUUGGCCACCAGUCUAGCGCUAGCAUUUGCGGAUACAUGGGACCAGCAUACUCGCUCCUGCAUCCAGCAUCUCCGGGGAGCCAAGGCAUUGGUAUCACAGGUCCUAGAUCUGGCCGUACAGGGUAAAGUGCAUGGGACUGAUUUGGAGCGCGUUCGGUUUCUGUAUAAUACUUGGUUGUAUAUGGAUGUGAUCGCUCGUUUGACAUCGCGAGAUGGCUGCGAGGGGGCAGAAAUGGACCUGUCCAUAUUUCAACUUCCAAACGAUGUUGUACAUGAGAUUGAUCCUCUGAUGGGAUGUGCUGCCACGCUCUUUCCGCUUAUUAACCAGGUGGCUAGGCUAGUCCAACGGGUCCGAAAGAGUGAUUCCAACUCCAUCUCGCUGGUCUCCCAGGCCAUUGAACUGAAAAGGCUUGUUGAGCAGUGGGAGCCUCCAAGAUGGUUCGAACCGCCUGAAGACCCGACGUCAGAGGUGCAACAUAGCAUUCAAACAGCACAUGCUUAUCGCUGGGCCACCUUGUUGUAUCUGCAUCAAGCCGUCCCAGAGAUGCCUUCAGAACCGACAUCGGAACUGGCUAAGCGGGUAUUGAUCUUGCUUGCCACUGUGCCACCAAGCUCGCGGACAACUAUAAUUCAGAUGUUUCCGCUUAUUGCCGCAGGCUGCGAAGCAGAACAAGAAGAUGACCGCGACUGGGUUCUGAAUCGUUGGAUGGCCAUCCAAUCUCGGUUGAUGCUAGGUGGUAUCGAUCGGUGCCUCGAGGUUGUGCGGGAGGUCUGGACCCGUCGAGACUCAUACAAGGUUGAGCAAGAGCGAAAGCACAAACGCAGCCGCAGCAGUACUGUGUAUGAUUCCUCGGAGACUUGGGGGAAAGGAUGGAGUCGGGAGGAACGAACGAUUCCCUCUGUCACAUCUCGACAAGCUCCCAGACGGGGCUCUGCUGUGUCAAGCUUGGAAAAUAUCGAGCAUGAAAAGACCGUCCGGGGACGAUUGCAUUGGGUAAACGUAAUGGAGAAAUGGGGCUGGGAAGGUAAGCAAGGGCUUUUUCUUCAUUUGAAUGCCAAAAUGCUAACUUUUGAUUCUUUACAUAGUGUUCUUGGGAUAGAGGUUGAAUAUGAGACGCCCAGUUAA